AUGAAAGCCGUUCUGUUAUUCCUCUCGAUCUCGUGUCUGGCCGUGAGCCUGGCGACCCCGCUGGAGAAGCUGGAUAAGAUCAGCGUGCUCGAGAAACAAUCCGUGACGCUAACGGACCGAGCCAAGUACGAAGAGGAAUUGCUUCGUAAACUGAACUCGAAGUGCUCGCAGAAUGACAUCAGUAGCUGUGUGAUGCUCAAGCUGGUCACUUACAUGAACAAGCUACUGAAGAAGGCGUCGAUCGAGCUGACAGACGACAUCGAGAUCAGAAAAACUAGCCAAGCAUCGGAGGAGGUGAUCACGUUCGAAGCUGGUAGGAGUAAAGACGACGAGUCGGAGGUCCUCGACCUUGUCGCGAACAAGGUGUACGCGUUUAUCAAGUCCAGAAGCAUCAAGUGGAGGAUUCUUCCUGAGGACGACGUUGUAGUUUCUGCAUCCGAGGAUGAAAAUGGAUCGUUGAACCUUGGAUUGUCCAUUGAGAGGGCGGACAAUGUUCCCGUGCAGGAUGGUCGUGGCAAGAAGAACAAUAACCUUGGCCCGUUGAUCGCCGCGGCUGUAUUGAAGAUCGGUCUGAUAGGCGGUCUAGCGUUCAAGGCGCUCGCGUUGCUCGUUGGCAAAGCCCUACUUCUCUCCAAGAUCGCCCUCCUUCUAGCCGGUAUAAUAGGUCUGAAGAAGCUGUUCUCCGGCCAGAAGCACGUCACCUACGAAGUGGUAGCUCAUCCUCAUCACAGCAGCAGUCACACGUUCAGCUCCGAUCAUGGUCACGGCGACAGUUACUCCAGUGGUUGGGCAAGAAGCUUCCACGGUCCGGGAACUAUUUCCGACCAGAGUGGCGCCCACGAUUUAGCCUACUCGGCUCACGUGAAGUGA